AUGGUAUAAAAGGCUACACUUUUUUUCGAUAGUCACACACUAAAUCUUCUUUUCGUUAAGAAAGGUUCACUACCAAACUAAGCAAGAUGUUCUCUUUCAAAUCUAUCGUUCUCGUCGCUGCGGCGUUCGCCAUUGGAGCUGAAUCCAGUGCAGUACCAGCUGUAGCUGCUGCCCCCCUGGUGGCGCCUGCGCAAAUCGGCUAUGCUCAUGCGGUACCUCAGAACAUUCCGCCUUACGCUGCCCAAGUAAGCGUGGUCAACAGGGCUCUCAGCCCGUUGGUGGCUGCUCCCGCCGUCGCUGCACCUUUGGCCGCCCCUCUGGCAGCACCGUUAGCUGCUCCGUUAGCCGCGCCUGUAGCUGCGCCCUUCGCAGCUCCCUUCGCCGCAUCUCCUUACAUCGCUGGACCUGCUGCAUACGCCGCUGCACCCUACACUGCUGCACCUUACGCCGCUGCACCCUACGCUGCUCCUUACGGUCUCCCCGGCCCCGCUGCAUACGCCGCUCCAUUCCCUUACGCCUCUGCUCCAUUAGUACGCUCUCCUUUCGGUUACGCCCCAGCGUACGUUCGAUAGGUUGAAGAGAAUACUCCAAGACCUUUCUUUGAAAAGACUUAUAACAAAGACUUAGUUAGAAAAUUUUAUAUGAAUUAAAUAAAAUUGUUGAAAUAUU